AGGAGUGAACACUACCUGAGUAUUGUUGUGCAAAUCUUUAGACAUCGGCCCUAAUUUUUAUUGUUUUCUGUUAUUUGGUGAGUCCAUUUAACGCAUCCAGUUAUAUAUCAGUUUUUGUGGCUGGUAGUUUCCUCCUCUUGGCCCUCUAACCUCUGGAAACUAACCAUGGGGGACUCUUCGGGGGGCGAGGGCCCCCCGACGGUUAGUGCAGCACAAGAAAAUGACAGUUUAUCCAAUGAUUCUCAAAAUCGUCCGUUGAACGCCAUUAUUUGUAACAUUUUGCCACCGGAUUGCAAAAAAACUGCUGAAGAUAUUUCCAGGCUCCAGUAUUUUGAUGUGCCCUCAGGUGAAGAGUUGUCAAAGUUAUCGGCAGAGAUCCAGAUUAUCAAGAAUCAGUUCGAGCAAGACGCUGAAAUCCUGCGGGAAGUUGCCAAAAUCUCCGCAAACAUAAGAAGGACAGUAAAUCGGAAAACAAAAUAUGAAAUCACCGACCAGGGGCCUUUUAUGGUGAUUCUGGAGGGGAUUACAAGUAAGGUGGGGACUCUUCAUCCUAUGAACUUUGGGAAGUUACUUCAAGCGCAGAAAGUUCAAGGUAUAUUGAAAAUUUCUAGAAAAGGAGCCAAUAAAAUCGGUUUGGAGUUUAACACCUCUGAGUCUGCAAAUAAAUUUUUAUCUAAUGAAACAUAUUCGACAGCUGGUGGGUAUAAUAAGUAUAUACCUCAAAGACUAGUCACUUGCCGAGGGUUGGUGAGGGACAUUGGUGACUUAAUUGAUGAGGAUGAUUUUUACUCUGAGGCAGAAGCCAAGGUUAACAUCGGAAGAUCGCUAAAGCGCGUUAAGAUUGUUAAUGUUCGCAGACUAACUAAAAGGGUCAAAUGCCCAGGUGUUCUGCCUGGCACUUUUGGUUUCAAGACAGUUCCAUCUAAUGAUUAUAUAAUAACAUUUGACGGUAAAACUCUCCCAGAAUCAAUCAGUAUCUAUAAAAAUGAGUGUUCAAUCGAAAAAUAUGUUAGUCCUGUUGUCUUAUGUAUGAAUUGUUGCAGGUUUGGUCAUUGGAAAAACCAAUGUAAAAGCAAGGGUAGAUGUAGUUUCUGCGCUGGAGAUCAUCCAGUAUUUCAUUGUGAACUGAAAGAACAGUUUUAUAAGAAGAAACCAUGCCCGACAGACCACUUAAAUCAUGAAGGCUCUCAUCAGGCCACUGAUAGAUCGUGUCCGGAAAUGGACAGACAGAAGAAAAUCAAUGAGGCUAUGGCAUGGUACAACUUAUCCUUUUUUGAAGCGGCCAAACUCUUUCCAAGAGGCCCCAAAUCAAGUGAGUUUAAUCGCUCUAAUGAAAAUUUCCCUCCUAUUCAUAACACGGUUGCCCCCGUCUCUCAGCCUUCCCCUAGAUCUGCUUCUAAAACUUAUUCUGUCAUAGCAAAAAAGCGUAAGUCCCCCCAAAUAGAAUCAGGGUAUGAUACGGACGCCCACAGGGAUUGUCUCGUGCCGCCGUUGACUAGGCAGAAGUUGAAUCACACUAGCAAAAGUCAAUCUUCUCCCUCAUAUUUAAAUGAUUUAUCGUCAGAGUCCGAGAUGGACACUGCUUCUCCAGGGGUUUCCUCCUCUGGUGAAUUUUGGUAUCGGUUUGAAAAUUUAAAGAAAAAAGUCUUGUCCAAUAUACCCAGUAAAAGUGCUUACCAUGAAAUUGAGAGUCUUUUUGACUCCCUGCCUCCUCCCGGAGGAUGCAGGUUUUAAUUUAUUAAUGUUCCCAGAUCGACAGUCAAAUCUUUCUGUUAAAAUUAGUAAUCUCUCAAUUAUUCAUUGGAACACUUGCGGUAUUAGAAGUAAUUGUGAUAGUAUUAUUAGACUUAUUCGUGACUUUGGUCCGGAUAUACUCAUGAUUAAUGAAUCUUUUUUACUCCCAUGGGAAGAGACAUUUAUAUUUACCGAUGCCUCUAAGGGACCAGAUGAUAGAGUUGGCUUUGGAGUAUUUAUUCCGUUUCUCAAUGGUAGGGUCGGGCAUGGGUUGAAUAGCGCGUUUUGUAUUUGCUCUGCAGAAAUGGUAGCUAUUAGUUACGCCCUAGAUCUUAUAUUAGAUUAUAAUAUUAAACAGGCAGUAAUUGUCUCCGAUUCCAAAAGUGCCCUGCAGAGCUUCGGAUGCAGUGCGGUUGAAGCUUCCAACAGCUACAUUCUACUAGAUAUUAAAGCAAAGAUUGAUAUUUUAAAGCGCAGACUUGGGGGGAAAAUCCGAAAAAUUGACAUUUAGAACUUCUGAGAUUAGUCUCCUUCGCUGGAGAAGAUCCGAAAAUCCUCGACAUUUGGAACUUUAAAGUUUAGUCUCCUUCGCUGGAGAAGAUCUGACAAUCCUAGAUAUUUGGAACUUCAAAAAUCAGUCUUCUUCGCCAGAGAAGAUACGAAAAUCCUCGACAUUUAGAACUUCAAAAUUCUGUCUCCUUCCUGGAGAAGAUCCGAGAAUCCUCGACGGAAGUCGGCAAUGGGCGAAUGAUCCUGGUAGUCGUGCCCAACAGUUAUCUGUGAAACGCAUCAUUGAAUUGAAUUGAAUG